AUGGACACUGUGAUUAAAAUGAAGUUUAUAAUUAUGUAUAUCAUCUCAUUGCUUUUCGUAUGCCAAUGUGUUAGGAUAGCUGAUCCUCUUGCAUUAUGCAAUCAGAAAUUACAAUCAGUAUCAGAAAUGUGUUUCUCUACAUCUUUAAUUAGUAUUGGACAACACUAUGAUAGUGUAGACUUGAAAUAUCUCAAAGAAUUAUGCAAAAAACAUAAAUCUUGUAUGGCUGAGGCGAAAAACUGCCUUCUAUCAGAAUUUAAUAGUGAAGAAUUCGCUAAUUGUCCAACUGCCAAAACACUUAGAAAAUCGAUCAACAGAAUUUUUGCGUAG